AUGCGAGCAUAUCCCACCUACGUUGAACUAACUGCUAUCCUUUUCUUAUGUUACAUCCAUGGUCUUCUACCUUCUAGGUCAACCUUGAGGUGCCCACUUUGUGCGUUUUCGCGUCCUGGCAACGUUGAAGGCGUCCAUCGCGCAAAUAUGCCGUUAGCGCGAAAGCUGAUAGAUCCCAUGCAGAAGCCCAUUCCGAGGAACCCCAAAUAUGAAGAUGUUGCUCCUACGGUGGAUACUGGAGCGAGUAUGUCAAAAUACCUGAAAAAGAUGGAAGAGUUCCGUGAAAGUAAGAAACAAUCGUUUUCACCGUUUCAAUUUCGUGACUCAGAUUUUCGGGUUCGUGAUGAUGAGAUCUUCAAACGAAUGAAGUUGUCAACAUUUGUACAAUUAGUCUUGCAAGUGCAUGAGGCAAGGGGGCGUGCUCAACAAAUUGAAAAAUUUGACCAACCACACCAAAGCAAUGGCUUCGGUGCCGAUCAAAACUCCGGUGAUAACAAUCAGUAUGCGGAAGAUCGACCCUCCACAGCUCGGUCCACUUUGGAGAAUCUAGUAUGUGGAAUCGGUGAAUUCGAGACCCGGAUGAAUGUGAAACGAGAAGAGGAUUUGGCGAAACCGACCGGUGAAGGAGGAUUGGAUUUGGAAUUGCCGUAUCUUCUGUUGGAUUUGAGGGAACGAGAGGAAUUCGAUGCUUGUCACAUCAUCACAGCUCAGAGUUAUCCGAUCGCAAUGCUGUCUCGCAGUGUGAAUUUUGAAACCGCCGAUAUGCUUGCAUUCCGCAACAAACCUGGAAGGAUAAUUAUUGUCUAUGAUGAGGACGAGCGCUUGGCUCCGAGGGCAGCUACAACACUGGUCCAACGGGGCUAUUGUAACAUCUUUUUGCUCUCUGGUGGUUUGAAGCUGGCUUGGAAACACUUCCCACAAGGCCUGAUUAUUGGCGAGAUGCCUGAUUCAAUCAAAGAAGUCCUGAGACCGAAGAAGCGUGAUCGAUCCGGUGGAAAUGGAAUCAAUCGCAGUCUUCUAUCGGGUCCUAGUCUUUCACACAACAGUCUCGGAUACUCGGUUACGACAAAACCACCUCGAACUACCACACCCACUUUGUAUUGUCAGCUUGGUAGUCGGGAUACUCCAGAUGGUGGAGAAGGAUUCCUGGCCGAGGACAUUAUGAAAUUGACGCUCUCGUUGGAACAAGAAUUAGACGACGGACGCUCCAUCCGUUCAGGUUAUGCCCGAAGCACGGUCUCGUCUGCCAGACAUUCGGCAUGCGGUGCAUCUGCCUGCAUCAACUAG